UCUCGGUUAUCGGUCUACAAUAAUUAUCGGUUCUGUGCAAUUCUAGGCCGUUUAUUCAAAUAUAUCGGUAAUAAAUCGAGUGAGCUUUUACUUUAACAAUCGAAAUCGGUCAGUCGACACCAGCCCUCGUUUCGUUAUUAUUUCGUCCGUCUACCAAGUAGUUUUUCGCGAGUGUAUGUGUGUGUGCGUGUGCCAAAAAGAGUAAAAUACGUUUAUACACAUAUACCUAUGUACUGAUAACAGUUGUUGGUGUUGUUAUUGGGUGCAGAUAUUUCCCAGUACAUUUCGUCGGAAAAAUAAGCCGCACCAUUGCCGAUCGCUAUUACUGCGAGGUACAUCUAAUUGGAAAAGUUGUGAAAAGAAAUAAUCUUCCUCCGUCAAUCGGAAUUUUCCGUUGCGUUAGGGAUGAAGAAAGGAGGGUUGUUGUCCUUCUUAGAAUGUGGACUUCUAUAAGUGGCUUGAAAGGGUCGCAGUAGUAAUUAGUGAUGUGGUAGUCGGGGAAAGGGGGGUGCACCCCCCUUUAGACCUGGCGCUACUACUCGUGUUCACCACGGCGACCAGUACAGAUGUCUUGACAUCGGGCCUGGGGCCACCAGAAUGCCUGCGGACGAAGACUAUGGCCGAAGACAUAAUAUUAUCCAAAAUGUAUCCGUUCCUCCGAUUGUUGCUCCUGUUACAGAUCGUUAUCAGGAUCAUUCUGUCGCCGAUCGUGUUCAACAAGAUAGCCUGCAGGCGUUGCAGGCGCCGACGGCUACGUCAUCGGCGUCGUCAGUGCAAUCUCCGCCCCCGUCCGGCGAGAAAGACUUUAAAACCGGGGAACGGUACAAUAACAUCGUUGGAGAUCAUCGGUUCGGUUCCGAACGUAGUCAUUCCGAUCGUUUACCUUCGGGCGAAAGGUAUCAGGGUGUAUCCGAAAGGUACCCGCUCGGGAACGCGAUGUCUUCGGAUAGACUUGUGCCGAAUGUGUCGUCUCAUUGUCACGCCGAUCAGCAUCAGGUACUGUUCGUGUCCGAUCGGUAUCAACCACAGAAAUAUUCGGAAAGGUAUUCUCCGGUUAAGAAUGUCAUUUGUCUGGAUCGAUAUCACAGUCAUAACGCGAUCGAUGCCAUGUAUUCGAGGGCAAACACCCCUACGGACGCAAGGUACCGUCAGUCGUCGAAUGGAGGGGAAAAGGAGAGAUGCAGUAGCAGUUCAGAGAGGCGUACUCCUGUUAUGGACAAGUAUCAGGCGACGACAGACAUGUACAAUUCAAUCAGUCGACGAAGUACUGCCGGUACUCCUGGCAGACACACGCCAGUCGAAAGAUUCCGAAAGAACAAUAAUGAUAAGGAACAGUUUUGUGUCGCUACCGCGACGGAUUUACAAAGAAGGAGAGAAAGGUCACGAUCGGCUGAUAGGAAACAGCAAAUCGAUGUCGAUAGUUGCCGAUUCGACCAAGAAAAGUAUUUCGACGAACGCUUUCCUGCUAUUCCUUGUCCGGAACGUUUUGCUACUGACGAAGAGAAACCGAACAGGCCUGAGCGCAUUUCAUUUUCUAGCGCCCCCUAUAUGACACCUCCAUCACCAGCUCCUGCAAACAGUAGGUUCAUUCCACCGCCACCGUUAUCGCCUAUCACCACCCCUAGCCCCGACUGUUACGCUUCCAACACUUUCCCUUCGCCUACUAAUACAGUCCCGCCGCCGGAGAGGUUCAUUCCACCGCCACCACUCUCGCCCUCUCCAACCGAAGUGUAUUCGCCGCAAAAAUACGACAAGAUACGUGAUCGAUACUUGACCUAUUCCAACGAGUUAUAUACGAAUUAUUCCCAUAACAGGAAUCAGAUGGCAACAGGGUACCAUUUGCAUUAUGGUGGCGCGAACGGUAACAGCGAACGCGUCGUCAUAACUUCCACGAACCCCCACGUACCGGUAGAACGAUACACACCCCAGCAACAGCAGGAGCCUUACUGUCAGUACGAAAGAUAUCCGAAAUACGGUACCAUAAGUAGUAACGACCCCUAUAUGCGUAGAGACUUGCGGUUUCCACAGUACAGGAUGCCGUUUUAUCAACAAAACAAUUACCAAAGGAUCCGGUACGUGACUAAUCCCUUGAGGAGCAAGUGUUGUCAGUAUCCCGAGUGCUAUCAGUAUUGCAAGUCGAGCCCAUGCUCCAGUAGUAGUAGUUCCGUGACUAGUCAGGGGGGCAAAGACGUUAUGCAACAAAAAGAAUUGGUCACGUCGGAAUUAGUUCAGUGCCAAAAUAUCCGCGGUUCGCAGCAACAGCAGCAAGAGAAGGUGAUUCAGUGUUUUGUCGGCGCGAAGGAACUGUCUUGUCCGAGUUUCCAUUUGAUGCCUGCUGCCGGUCGUGUCGAAAAGAAAGAUGUGACUUGUACGGGUUACGUGUCGCCAACGCUGAGGACGGUCAGAGGUCAGUGCAGGCAUGGGAUGUGCACGAGUCCCAGUGUCGAAUACGUGGGCCAUUCGGGCGGUAGACGGGUUUGUGCCACGCCACCACCGAGGGGUAGUAUUGGAUCCGUCGAGGGGUCGGUUUGCAGCGAUCAGUGUUGUCUCAGAAGAUCCCAGCAGAACACCAUGACCGUCGCUAUUUGGCGUCCUGUGUCAAGUCAACAGCAGGCUCAGUCGCAGCAAACACAACAGCAACAACAACAACAACAGCAGCAAGUGACGGCAACGACAGUUCAACAGCCUGUGCAGGCUGCAUCGACGUCUGUGCAACAGUCACAGUCUUCGUCUCAAAAUUCAAACAAAUCGUCGUCACCGUCGACCACUGCGACCGACGAAACGCAGUCACAGACCCAAUCUCAAACCACGGACGACGGGAGUCAACAACUUCUUCUUAGGCAAAGUCAGCAAGAGCAGCAGCUACUGUUGGAAAAAUCGCAAGAUGUUACUUCACAUCCUAGCUCGCCUCACCCCUCGAUACCUGUUCAUCAUAGGGCCGUUUCUCUACCAGUUCCACCACCAGAACGAUGCCGGCCCGAGCGAAAAGUUGAUUACAGCCAGAGUGAGCGAAUACCAACUAGAGAAAGGCCAAAACUUGAACGUACCAUGUCUCGAAAAGAUGCAAUUAAAAAUUUUAUUAAAAGAGAAACAGCAACUUUCUUCGGUGUGGACGAACAAACUGAACAGGACCAGCAGAUGAGGUGGUUGGACAGGCGAAAAAGACUGGCCUCAAGGACAUACGGACCACUAAAAGACGAAUUUCAGUUACCGCCAAGUGGUAGGACUUUGAGGAGGCCGGUGUCCGAAUUUCCUCCGUCUCAUGCCGCUCCUGGUACUCUUCACGCCGAACGUCCUGACGUCUUGCCGGGGCCCAGCGACAUUCCGGACGGCGUACAUUAUCCCACCGCUAGGGUCCGAAGAAAAAAUUCUGUCGCCAGAAUGACAUGGGAUGGAAUAUCAUACGUCGUAACGACUCUAGCUCGACAUCGCCCUAGACCUCGCUCCCAGCAGACCCAAUGGUCGCGAAGUUACGAGCCCAGCGUUGCUAAAGAACCAGUAUCUGCAGAAGACGAAGUCUUCUUCGAACAGCCCGUCUCAUCCGUUGCACCACUUCCGAUUCCGGAAGGCGGCGUUGACGUUGAAGACUCUGGUCGUGCACAUCCGGAACGGGUGAUCCAUACGGAUGGCGAGGGUGCCACGUUGGAAGCGUUGGAAGCUCCCCUCAGGUAUUCGGCAGCACCCGGCUGGCGAAGGUCACACUACAAAGCUCCCAGAGAAAGGUCGGAACAAAGAAGGGAGGUCGGCAAGUCUCGAAUAUUUUCAUCUUUACUGGACAAUAUGUUGGAUAAUUCGGACAGGCGACAGUAUGGGAUGGGUUUGAUCGGAAGAAUAUUUGGUCGUUCAAUAAGAAAAUCGAUAACAGAAGAUGAAGAAAUACAGGAACAACUGGACGAUCUAGAAGACCAUCGGCCUUAUUUUACUUAUUGGGUAACAUCAGUGCAAAUUCUUGUGCUCAUUAUUUCGUUAAUUUGUUAUGGAUUUGGUCCGUUUGGUAUUGAUUUACAUGCAAGAUCUGGACAGGUUCUCGUUCCCAGCUUGUCUUUACAACAGGUCGACUAUCUAGAACCUGCUAAUUUUUGGCUUGGGCCACGGGCUGCUGACUUGAUUCACUUGGGAGCCAAAUUUUCCCCAUGUAUGCGGAUUGACGAAAAAAUACAACAACAGAUCGAGAAAACCAGGGCAAAAGAAAGAGAAACUGCUUGCUGUAUUCGAAACGAUGACUCAGGGUGCGUUCAAUCAUCCAGGGCAGAUUGCUCAGUUCGAGGACUAAUGCCUACGAAUACAAUAUCAACGUGGAAAAAAUGGAGGCCGGGAGACGCAGGACCAGGCGGUAGAAUAUCGGGAUCAGUCUGCGGCUUAGAUCCAAAAUACUGCGAUGCACCCGCUAGUGUUCAUCCAUACGAGUGGCCCGACGACAUCACAAAAUGGCCGAUAUGUCGCAAGAUGAAUACUCAGCUGUCAGUGCAAAAGCACAGCAGGGACAAAUCGGCCGAGCAUAUGGUCUGCGAGGUCAUAGGUCAUCCGUGUUGUAUAGGCAUACAUGGAAUGUGCAAAAUUACGACCAAGGAAUACUGCGACUUUGUAAGGGGAAAUUUUCAUGAAGAGGCUUCGUUGUGUUCACAAGUGUCUUGUUUGGAUGACGUAUGCGGAAUGAUCCCGUUCUACUUCAUGGAAAUACCGGACCAAUUCUACCGCCUUUGGACAUCAAUUUUCUUGCAUGCCGGUGUACUGCAGCUGUUCAUUACGAUAGCCAUCCAGUAUUUUUUUAUGCGAGACGUGGAAAAACUGACAGGAAGUUUACGUGUAGGAAUUAUUUACAUUGGCUCCGGAGUCGCCGGAAACUUGGCAAGCGCCAUUUUCGUACCUUAUCGAGCUGACGUGGGUCCAUCUGGUUCCCACUUCGGUCUGUUGGCCUGUCUCAUAGUCGAGGUGUUGAAUGCAUGGCCGAUGUUGAAACAUCCGUAUCGAGCUCUCUGCAAACUUCUUCUCGUCACUUUCGUUCUUUUCCUCAUAGGUCUGGUGCCCUGGGUCGACAAUUACGCCCAUUUAUUCGGUUUCGUGUUCGGUUUCCUUUUGUCUUACGCAUUGUUACCAUUCAUUUCGUUCGGUCCGUACGAUCGCCAAAAGAAGAUUGUCUUGAUCUGGGUUUGUCUCCUGUCUGCUGGCAUCCUGUUCGCCUGUCUCGUCCUCCUAUUCUACAUCAUCCCAGUCUACGAUUGUGAGAUUUGCUCGUACUUCAAUUGCCUGCCGAUAACCAAUGAGUUUUGUGCUUCACAAAAUAUCGACUUCAAACGAGACGAACCCGUGGUAUGACAUAGGGUCUUACGGUUGUAUGCCCCACUACCAACUCAAUUCAAUUUAUAUUCAUUCAGAUCCCUACUGUUGAUCCACCUCUUUGAUUAUUUUUUGGUUUCACAUUCCUCCUGUCCUCCAGUCUCCCUUUGUUUCGUCCAUAGGUACCAUACAGCGAUAUGGUAAUUAAUAAAUAAUGAUAAUGAUAUAUAAUUAUUAAUAUUGAUGAUAUCUUGUUCAGUGUUGUAUAUGGGUGAUGUUCAGCGCUACUUUCAGCAGUAUUUGUACAUAAUGAAUACAUUAGUAUUUUGUAUCAAUA